UGGUGAUUGGCUGAACGCAGUAUGACUCAUCCGACCACCGGCAACCAGGAAGUGGAUCGCGGCGGAGACCAGAGACGGUUACCGGAGGCACCAGGGGAGAGGAGGAAGGUGGUGUCCUCUUGUGAUGUUCCUGCACAAGUUUCCUCCAUCUCUCUGAACAAUUACCAGUCGGUUAAUACUCUUGGAGUCACAUGGACAAAUCCAGGAGGAAAAGUGGAUUAUUAUAUAGUUAGUGUAACAGGAGCCGUCAAUAACACAAUACGGACUAGUAUUCCACAAGCAAUUUUCCGAAGAUUAUUACCAGGCAGAGAAUAUACCGUCACUGUACAGACAGUCAGUGGGAACUGCAGCCAGACAUCUGCUCCAGUGACAGAGGCCACAUAUCCAACCCCACCUGGAAACAUAAACUUUAUCUCAAUUACAACAAGAAAUGUGACAUUAUCUUGGUCAGAACCAGCAUAUAUGAAGGAUUUAAAUAAGUCCUAUAAUAUUAUCUACUGGAAAUGUUCCUUAAUGAAGUUAACUGAGACAAGUAACACAACCAAUAUUACCCUUCUGAACUUGAUGUCUGGGACUACGUACACCAUUAAUGUGGUCACAGUCGGAGUCCGGGGGUAUCAGAGUUCACCUGUCAGCAAAUCUGUCUGCACAAAACCAAUGUCAGUAAAAUCUCCACAGAUCAGUAAUGUGACCUCAUAUUCUGUGUCUCUGAUGUGGAGUUAUCCUGAUGAAUAUCAGAUAUCUUACAGAGUCCAGACCAAUGUCACCUCAUCAGCCACAAUGAUAAAUAAUAUAAUAGUGAGAAGGAAUUCCAAAACAAUACAGAAUCUGACCCCAGGAGAAACAUAUACAUUCCUGGUAUAUACAAGAGCUGCCGAUUGGAUCACUGAAUCAGACCCGGUGUCUGUAUCUACCUGCACAGUUCCUGAACAAGUUUCCUCCAUCUCUCUGAACAAUUACCAGUCGGUUAAUACUCUUGGAGUCACAUGGUUAUACCCAGGAGGAAAAGUGGAUUAUUAUAUAGUUAGUGUAACAGGAGCCGUCAAUAACACAAUACAAACUAAUACUACACAAGAGAAUUUCACAGGAUUACUACCAGGCAGAGAAUAUACUGUCACUGUACAGACAGUCAGUGGGGACUGCAACAAGACAUCUGCUCCAGUGAUGGCCACUAAUGCCACAUAUCCAACCCCACCUGGAAACAUAAAUUUUAGCUCAAUUACAACAAGUAAUGUAACAUUAUCUUGGUCAGAACCAGUAAAUAUGAGCGAUGUGAAUAAGUCAUAUAUUAUAACCUAUGGGAUAUUUCCUUCAACAAACUUAACUGAGAAAAGUAACACAACAAAUGUCACCCUGCAGAACCUGAUAUCUGGAAAUAACUACUCCAUAUCUGUGGUCACAGUCGGAGUGCGGGGGUAUCAGAGUUCACCUGUCAGCUCAUCUUUCUGUACAAUUCCUGCACAAGUUUCCUCCAUCUCUCUGAACAAUCUCCAAGUUAAUACUCUUGGAGUCACAUGGUUAUACCCAGGAGGAAAAGUGGAUUAUUAUAUAGUUAGUGUAACAGGAGCCGUCAAUAACACCAAACAAACUAAUACUACACAAGAGAAUUUCACAGGAUUACUACCAGGCAGAGAAUAUACCGUCACUGUACAGACAGUCAGUGGGGACUGCAACAAGACAUCUGCUCCAGUGAUGGCCACUAAUGCCACAUAUCCAAACCCACCUGAAAACAUAAACUUUAACUCAAUUACAACCAGUAAUGUAACAUUAUCUUGGUCAGAACCAGUAAAUAUGAUCAAUGUGAAUAAGUCAUAUAUUAUAACCUAUGGGAUAUUUCCUUCAACAAACUUAACUGUGACAAGUAACACAACAAAUGUCACUCUGCAGAACCUGAUAUCUGGAAAUAACUACUCCAUAUCUGUGGUCACAUUCGGAGUGCGGGGGUAUCAGAGUUCACCUGUCAGCUCAUCUUUCUGUACAAUUCCUGAACAAGUUUCCUCCAUCUCUCUGAACAAUUACCAGUCGGUUAAUACUCUUGGAGUCACAUGGUUAUACCCAGGAGGAAAAGUGGAUUAUUAUAUAGUUAGUGUAACAGGAGCCGUCAACAACACAAUACAAACUAAUACUACACAAGAGAAUUUCACAGGAUUACUACCAGGCAGAGAAUAUAACGUCACUGUUCAGACAGUCAGUGGGAACUGCAACAAGACAUCUGCUCCAGUGAUGGCCACUAAUGCCACAUAUCCAACCCCACCUGAAAACAUAAACUUUAACUCAAUUACAACAAGAAAUGUGACAUUAUCUUGGUCAGAACCAGUAGAUAUGACCGGUGUGAAUAAGUCAUAUAUUAUAACCUAUGGGAUAUUUCCUUCAACGAACUUAACUGAGACAAGUAACACAACAAAUGUCACCCUGCAGAACCUGAUAUCUGGAAAUAACUACUCCAUAUCUGUGGUCACAGUCGGAGUGCGGGGGUAUCAGAGUUCACCUGUCAGCUCAUCUUUCUGUACAAUUCCUGCACAAGUUUCCUCCAUCUCUCUGAACAAUUACCAGUCGGUUAAUACUCUUGGAGUCACAUGGACAAAUCCAGGAGGAAAAGUGGAUUAUUAUAUAGUUAGUGUAACAGGAGCCGUCAAUAACACCAAACAAACUACUACUACACAAGUGAAUUUCACAGGAUUACUACCAGGCAGAGAAUAUACUGUCACUGUUCAGACAGUCAGUGGGAACUGCAGACAGACAUCUGCACCAGUGAUAGAGGCCACAUGUCCAACCCCACCUGAAAACAUAAACUUUAACUCAAUUACAACAAGGAAUUUGACAUUAUCUUGGUCAGAACCAGUAAAUAUGACCGGUGUGAAUAAGUCAUAUAUUAUAACCUAUGGGAUAUUUCCUUCAACAAACUUAACUGAGACAAGUAACACAACAAAUGUCACCCUGCAGAACCUGAUAUCUGGAAAUAACUACUCCAUAUCUGUGGUCACAGUCGGAGUGCGGGGGUAUCAGAGUUCACCUGUCAGCUCAUCUUUCUGUACAAUUCCUGCACAAGUUUCCUCCAUCUCUCUGAACAAUUACCAGUCGGUUAAUACUCUUGGAGUCACAUGGACAAAUCCAGGAGGAAAAGUGGAUUAUUAUAUAGUUAGUGUAACAGGAGCCGUCAAUAACACCAAACAAACUAAUACUACACAAGAGAAUUUCACAGGAUUACUACCAGGCAGAGAAUAUACUGUCACUGUACAGACAGUCAGUGGGGACUGCAGACAGACAUCUGCACCAGUGAUAGAGGCCACAUGUCCAACCCCACCUGAAAACAUAAACUUUAACUCAAUUACAACAAGGAAUUUGACAUUAUCUUGGUCAGAACCAGUAAAUAUGACCGGUGUGAAUAAGUCAUAUAUUAUAACCUAUGGGAUAUUUCCUUCAACAAACUUAACUGAGACAAGUAACACAACAAAUGUCACCCUGCAGAACCUGAUAUCUGGAAAUAACUACUCCAUAUCUGUGGUCACAGUCGGAGUGCGGGGGUAUCAGAGUUCACCUUUCAGCUCAUCUUUCUGUACAAUUCCUGCACAAGUUUCCUCCAUCUCUCUGAACAAUUACCAGUCGGUUAAUACUCUUGGAGUCACAUGGACAAAUCCAGGAGGAAAAGUGGAUUAUUAUAUAGUUAGUGUAACAGGAGCCGUCAAUAACACCAAACAAACUACUACUACACAAGUGAAUUUCACAGGAUUACUACCAGGCAGAGAAUAUACUGUCACUGUACAGACAGUCAGUGGGGACUGCAGACAGACAUCUGCACCAGUGAUAGAGGCCACAUGUCCAACCCCACCUGAAAACAUAAACUUUAACUCAAUUACAACAAGGAAUUUGACAUUAUCUUGGUCAGAACCAGUAAAUAUGACCGGUGUGAAUAAGUCAUAUAUUAUAACCUAUGGGAUAUUUCCUUCAACAAACUUAACUGAGACAAGUAACACAACAAAUGUCACCCUGCAGAACCUGAUAUCUGGAAAUAACUACUCCAUAUCUGUGGUCACAGUCGGAGUGCGGGGGUAUCAGAGUUCACCUGUCAGCUCAUCUUUCUGUACAAUUCCUGAACAAGUUUCCUCCAUCUCUCUGAACAAUUACCAAUCGGUUAAUACUCUUGGAGUCACAUGGACAAAUCCAGGAGGAAAAGUGGAUUAUUAUAUAGUUAGUGUAACAGGAGCCGUCAAUAACACAAUACAAACUACUACUACACAAGUGAAUUUCACAGGAUUACUACCAGGCAGAGAAUAUACUGUCACUGUACAGACAGUCAGUGGGGACUGCAACAAGACAUCUGCUCCAGUGAUAGAGGCCACAUGUCCAACCCCACCUGAAAACAUAAACUUUAACUCAAUUACAACAAGGAAUUUGACAUUAUCUUGGUCAGAACCAGUAAAUAUGACCGGUGUGAAUAAGUCAUAUAUUAUAACCUAUGGGAUAUUUCCUUCAACAAACUUAACUGAGACAAGUAACACAACAAAUGUCACCCUGCAGAACCUGAUAUCUGGAAAUAACUACUCCAUAUCUGUGGUCACAGUCGGAGUGCGGGGGUAUCAGAGUUCACCUGUCAGCUCAUCUUUCUGUACAAUUCCUGCACAAGUUUCCUCCAUCUCUCUGAACAAUUACCAGUCGGUUAAUACUCUUGGAGUCACAUGGACAAAUCCAGGAGGAAAAGUGGAUUAUUAUAUAGUUAGUGUAACAGGAGCCGUCAAUAACACCAAACAAACUACUACUACACAAGUGAAUUUCACAGGAUUACUACCAGGCAGAGAAUAUACUGUCACUGUUCAGACAGUCAGUGGGAACUGCAGACAGACAUCUGCACCAGUGAUAGAGGCCACAUGUCCAACCCCACCUGAAAACAUAAACUUUAACUCAAUUACAACAAGGAAUUUGACAUUAUCUUGGUCAGAACCAGUAAAUAUGACCGGUGUGAAUAAGUCAUAUAUUAUAACCUAUGGGAUAUUUCCUUCAACAAACUUAACUGAGACAAGUAACACAACAAAUGUCACCCUGCAGAACCUGAUAUCUGGAAAUAACUACUCCAUAUCUGUGGUCACAGUCGGAGUGCGGGGGUAUCAGAGUUCACCUGUCAGCUCAUCUUUCUGUACAAUUCCUGAACAAGUUUCCUCCAUCUCUCUGAACAAUUACCAAUCGGUUAAUACUCUUGGAGUCACAUGGACAAAUCCAGGAGGAAAAGUGGAUUUUUAUAUAGUUAGUGUAACAGGAGCCGUCAAUAACACAAUACAAACUACUACUACACAAGUGAAUUUCACAGGAUUACUACCAGGCAGAGAAUAUACUGUCACUGUACAGACAGUCAGUGGGGACUGCAACAAGACAUCUGCUCCAGUGAUAGAGGCCACAUGUCCAACCCCACCUGAAAACAUAAACUUUAACUCAAUUACAACAAGGAAUUUGACAUUAUCUUGGUCAGAACCAGUAAAUAUGACCGGUGUGAAUAAGUCAUAUAUUAUAACCUAUGGGAUAUUUCCUUCAACAAACUUAACUGAGACAAGUAACACAACAAAUGUCACCCUGCAGAACCUGAUAUCUGGAAAUAACUACUCCAUAUCUGUGGUCACAGUCGGAGUGCGGGGGUAUCAGAGUUCACCUGUCAGCUCAUCUUUCUGUACAAUUCCUGCACAAGUUUCCUCCAUCUCUCUGAACAAUUACCAGUCGGUUAAUACUCUUGGAGUCACAUGGACAAAUCCAGGAGGAAAAGUGGAUUAUUAUAUAGUUAGUGUAACAGGAGCCGUCAAUAACACCAAACAAACUACUACUACACAAGUGAAUUUCACAGGAUUACUACCAGGCAGAGAAUAUACUGUCACUGUUCAGACAGUCAGUGGGAACUGCAGACAGACAUCUGCACCAAUGAUAGAGGCCACAUGUCCAACCCCACCUGAAAACAUAAACUUUAACUCAAUUACAACAAGGAAUUUGACAUUAUCUUGGUCAGAACCAGUAAAUAUGACCGGUGUGAAUAAGUCAUAUAUUAUAACCUAUGGGAUAUUUCCUUCAACAAACUUAACUGAGACAAGUAACACAACAAAUGUCACCCUGCAGAACCUGAUAUCUGGAAAUAACUACUCCAUAUCUGUGGUCACAGUCGGAGUGCGGGGGUAUCAGAGUUCACCUGUCAGCUCAUCUUUCUGUACAAUUCCUGCACAAGUUUCCUCCAUCUCUCUGAACAAUUACCAGUCGGUUAAUACUCUUGGAGUCACAUGGACAAAUCCAGGAGGAAAAGUGGAUUAUUAUAUAGUUAGUGUAACAGGAGCCGUCAAUAACACCAAACAAACUACUACUACACAAGUGAAUUUCACAGGAUUACUACCAGGCAGAGAAUAUACUGUCACUGUACAGACAGUCAGUGGGGACUGCAGACAGACAUCUGCACCAGUGAUAGAGGCCACAUGUCCAACCCCACCUGAAAACAUAAACUUUAACUCAAUUACAACAAGGAAUUUGACAUUAUCUUGGUCAGAACCAGUAAAUAUGACCGGUGUGAAUAAGUCAUAUAUUAUAACCUAUGGGAUAUUUCCUUCAACAAACUUAACUGAGACAAGUAACACAACAAAUGUCACCCUGCAGAACCUGAUAUCUGGAAAUAACUACUCCAUAUCUGUGGUCACAGUCGGAGUGCGGGGGUAUCAGAGUUCACCUGUCAGCUCAUCUUUCUGUACAAUUCCUGAACAAGUUUCCUCCAUCUCUCUGAACAAUUACCAAUCGGUUAAUACUCUUGGAGUCACAUGGACAAAUCCAGGAGGAAAAGUGGAUUAUUAUAUAGUUAGUGUAACAGGAGCCGUCAAUAACACAAUACAAACUACUACUACACAAGUGAAUUUCACAGGAUUACUACCAGGCAGAGAAUAUACUGUCACUGUACAGACAGUCAGUGGGAACUGCAGACAGACAUCUGCACCAGUCAUAGAGGCCACAUGUCCAACCCCACCUGAAAACAUAAACUUUAACUCAAUUACAACAAGGAAUUUGACAUUAUCUUGGUCAGAACCAGUAAAUAUGACCGGUGUGAAUAAGUCAUAUAUUAUAACCUAUGGGAUAUUUCCUUCAACAAACUUAACUGAGACAAGUAACACAACAAAUGUCACCCUGCAGAACCUGAUAUCUGGAAAUAACUACUCCAUAUCUGUGGUCACAGUCGGAGUGCGGGGGUAUCAGAGUUCACCUGUCAGCUCAUCUUUCUGUACAAUUCCUGCACAAGUUUCCUCCAUCUUUCUGAACAAUUACCAGUCGGUUAAUACUCUUGGAGUCACAUGGACAAAUCCAGGAGGAAAAGUUGGUUAUUAUAUAGUUAGUGUAACAGGAGCCGUCAAUAACACCAAACAAACUAAUACUACUCAAGUGAAUUUCACAGGAUUACUACCAGGCAGAGAAUAUAUCGUCACUGUACAGACAGUCAGUGGGGACUGCAACAAGACAUCUGCUCCAGUGAUGGCCACUAAUGCCACAUAUCCAACCCCACCUGGAAACAUAAACUUUAACUCAAUUACAACAAGUAAUGUAACAUUAUCUUGGUCAGAACCAGUAAAUAUGACGGGUGUGAAUAAGUCAUAUAUUAUAACCUAUGGGAUAUUUCCUUCAACAAACUUAACUGAGACAAGUAACACAACAAAUGUCACCCUGCAGAACCUGAUAUCUGGAAAUAACUACUCCAUAUCUGUGGUCACAGUCGGAGUGCGGGGGUAUCAGAGUUCACCUGUCAGCUCAUCUUUCUGUACAAUUCCUGCACAAGUUUCCUCCAUCUCUCUGAACAAUUACCAGUCGGUUAAUACUCUUGGAGUCACAUGGACAAAUCCAGGAGGAAAAGUGGAUUAUUAUAUAGUUAGUGUAACAGGAGCCGUCAAUAACACAAUACAAACUAAUACUACACAAGUGAAUUUCACAGGAUUACUACCAGGCAGAGAAUAUACUGUCACUGUUCAGACAGUCAGUGGGGACUGCAACAAGACAUCUGCUCCAGUGAUGGCCACUAAUGCCACAUAUCCAACCCCACCUGGAAACAUAAACUUUAACUCAAUUACAACAAGGAAUGUGACAUUAUCUUGGUCAGAACCAGUAGAUAUGACCGGUGUGAAUAAGUCAUAUAUCAUAACCUAUGGGAUAUUUCCUUCAACAAACUUAACUGAGACAAGUAACACAACAAAUGUCACCCUGCAGAACCUGAUAUCUGGAAAUAACUACUCCAUAUCUGUGGUCACAGUCGGAGUGCAGGGGUAUCAGAGUUCACCUGUCAGCUCAUCUUUCUGUACAAUUCCUGCACAAGUUUCCUCCAUCUCUCUGAACAAUUACCAGUCGGUUAAUACUCUUGGAGUCACAUGGACAAAUCCAGGAGGAAAAGUGGAUUAUUAUAUAAUUAGUGUAACAGGAGCCGUCAAUAACACAAUACAAACUACUACUACACAAGUGAAUUUCACAGGAUUACUACCAGGCAGAGAAUAUACUGUCACUGUACAGACAGUCAGUGGGGACUGCAGACAGACAUCUGCUCCAGUGAUAGAGGCCACAUGUCCAACCCCACCUGAAAACAUAAACUUUAGCUCAAUUACAACAAGGAAUUUGACAUUAUCUUGGUCAGAACCAGUAAAUAUGACCGGUGUGAAUAAGUCAUAUAUUAUAACCUAUGGGAUAUUUCCUUCAACAAACUUAACUGAGACAAGUAACACAACAAAUGUCACCCUGCAGAACCUGAUAUCUGGAAGUAACUACUCCAUAUCUGUGGUCACAGUCGGAGUGCGGGGGUAUCAGAGUUCACCUGUCAGCUCAUCUGUCUAUACAAAACCAAUGGUAGUAACAAAUUUGCUGAACAGCUCUGCGACUUCAUAUUCUGUGUCUCUGAUGUGGGGUAGACCAAAUCAGUAUCAGACAUCUUACAGCUACAGAGUCCAGACCAAUGUCACCUCAUCAGCCACAAUAAUAAAUAAUACAAUAGUGGGAAGUGAAUCAGCUAAAAUAGAGAAUCUGACACCAGGAGAAACAUAUACAUUCCUGGUAUAUACAAGACCUGCCGAUAACAUCACUGAAUCAGACCCGGUGUCUGUAUCCACCUGCACAGUUCCAGAGACUGUGUCUGAAUUCAGCUGUUCCAGUCCAUUUAACUCUUCAGAUCUCAAUUUCACAUGGAAUUCUCCAGUUGGAAAGUGUACAGGCUUCAGGUUUAAUGCAACAAAUACCACCUCAACCAUUGCAGAUUAUCCUAUUAUGUGCAGUCCAGGAGGACAACAAAAUUAUAGUAUGACGUUAAAUUACAGCACAACCUACAACCUCAGUGUGACAACUUUGUCUUCAUGUGGCAAAUCCAGUGUGAUGGUUCAGAAGCAAUGCACAACCAAUAUUUCAUCACCAAUUCCCCCCACAGCCCUUCUAGUUAGCAUUGUUGGUUCCCCUUCUUAUACCUCCUUCACGUUUACUUUUCCUGGCUUUGAUUCUUCUAACGGACGUAUUGAAGCUUAUGCUGUAAUUGUAUCAAGUAAAAAUGUUCAAGGUAGCAUGCCGUCUGAAGAUGAUCUGUUACAGACCUAUAGUAAUUUCAAGAAUAAAGGCACCAGCAAGUAUGUUGCACUGAUCAAAAACCCUAAUGACAAAACUUCACAAAGGUCAGUUCGUGCAGCUACAACAGAGAUAACAGUGACUAUUGGAGAUAACUCUGGACAGUCACCUUAUAUAAAUGGACCUCUGGAUUCUGGAUCACAAUAUUGUGUUGGCAUUGCAGGGUUUACUUCACCAAAAUGGAAUGAAACUUGGAAGAUUUCACCAAAAAAUUCUUUAUAUUCAUUUUCUCCAUUUAGUCAACCUAUCAACACACCAGUAAAUCCAGGACCGAUUGUUGGAGCUGUACUCGGAAGUAUUCUAGGAGUUCUUGUAAUCCUUUUAAUAGGCUUUUUAAUUUGGAGGAAGAGGAGAAAAGGAGGGAAGAAAGCUGAAGGAACAUCUACAUCAAUGAAAGUUUUUCAGGCCAUGACUACUGAUAAUUUUGUUAGUCAUUUUAUGAAGCAGAAAGCCGACAGUAAUCUGGGAUUUAGUGAAGAAUACAUGAAAUUAGCAACUGUUGGCACCAGACAAACUAAAUUUGAAGCUGACAAACCAGAGAAUAAGGAGAAGAACAGAUACACCAAUGUGCUGCCAUAUGAUGCCUCUCGCGUUGUUUUGUCUGGUCCAGGAAACCUCACAGAAGACUACAUUAAUGCAAACUAUAUUCCUGGUUACAGUUCUCCAAAAGAGUUUAUUGCAGCACAGGGUCCUCUACCAAACACUGUCAACGACUUCUGGCGUAUAAUGUGGGAAAAAGACGUUCAGGCCAUUGUUAUGCUCACCAGAUGCGUAGAACUUGGAAAGAUAAAAUGUGAGGAAUAUUGGCCCCAAAGAAACUCCAAGACUUAUGGUAAUCUGUCGGUGUCCAUGACCAAUGAGUGUGUUCAACCUGACUGGACAAUCAGGGAUUUUACAAUAGUUAAUAUGCAAACCAGACAGAGUAAACAAGUACGACAUUUCCACUUUACUGCCUGGCCAGACCAUGGUGUUCCCAAGACAACCAAUGUUUUGAUCCAGUUUAGGAAUUUAGUCCGUGAAUACACAGAAAAUGGCCAGCCAUUAAAAUCACCGAUAGUGGUUCACUGUAGUGCUGGAGUGGGAAGGACGGGUACUUUUAUAGCUCUUGAUCGGGUUAUGAAACAAAUUGAAGCAGAAGACAAAGUAGAUGUAUAUGGAAUUGUUUAUGAUCUUCGGUUGUACCGGGGAUUAAUGGUGCAAACUGAGAGUCAGUACAUUUUCUUGAACCAGUGUACACUGGAUAUUAUCAAGACUCCAAAGGAAACGGAUCCAGAUCUUAUUUACCAAAACCAAACAGCGAUAUUACAGAAUCUCAAUAAACCCUCCACGAAAUUUACAAAAUUAUAAUCAGCAGCACACUUCUCAGAAGAAAGGCUCCGGGGACUCGAGGAUUUACAACAUCACAUGAUCAAGAAGGGAAUUGCACUUUGAAUAACCUUAUUUUCAGACCUUUUUUUUCAAAGGUUACCAAAAAUAUCUCAAAAGACACAAUGUUGGUGUUUAUUAAAACCUGCUGAAUAGAUAUAGUACAUCUUAUGUUGAAAGAGAAAAUUACAUCCUGUAAUACUACACCGGCCACAGGUGUGUGUGUGUGUAUGUAUAUAUAUAUAUAUAUAUAUAUAUAUAUAUAUAUAUAUAUAUAUAUAUACAUAAUGUCUGUGUGUGUGCAAAUUAUAGUUAGAAUAAAAACAAUAGGCAAUGCAAUAAAAAAAACACACCUUGUACUGUAAUAACAUUGUGCCUAUCUAAAUGACACGCCAAAAACUUUGACCAAAUAUUAUUUUUACAGUAGAGGGUUUUGUCUUAAAUAUUAUGAAAUCAUUGAAGAUAUCUGCAAAAUCUGUUAUUUAUAUAAUGAAUGAUGGACAUUUAUUAAAGGCUGUGAGAAGGAAAAUAUAGGUGUGGCUCCUAG